AUGGACUUCGUUCAUGCAUCUCUCUUAUCUCCGGGCUCCAUCUUGGUGGCGGUCGUGACUGUUGUCUUCCUACUUAUCCGAGCAUGGCCACUUCCCCCCAAAAAAGACAAGCUUGCAACUCUUGCCACCUCCGAUCAUGUCCCGAGUCGUCAUGUAUCAGUCUCCAAAGAGCCCGAUGUCCCAGAAGGCUGGUAUCGUAGCCAGGAAGUCUUCGAGCUAGAACGCCGUGCACUAUUCAGCAAAUCUUGGGUUUAUCUUGCUCAUACUGCCCAAUUCAUCAAGCCAGGAGCCUACCAGUCUUUUGACCUAGCGGGCUUCCCCGUCUUCUUGAUCAGAGGCAAGGACAACAAGAUCCGUGCAUUCCACAAUGUAUGUCGCCAUCGCGCGUACACGAUCACCAGAAAAGAAACCGGGGCAUCCACCGUUCUCGGAUGCAGGUAUCAUGGAUGGAGCUACGACACCCUCGGGCAAUUGGUGAAAGCACCCCAAUUCGAAGAUAUUCCUGGAUUUGAAAAGUCCGAGAAUAGUCUCUUUGAGAUUCACACGCACACCACGGAGCAAGGCUGGGUUUUUGUUAAUCUCGAUGCUGGAGAGCCUGCUCCUAGGAAUGAGUCUACUUUUGGUGCUCUGAAUGACUUUGCACGCGGUGCUAAAUUGAGAAUGAAGUCUGAGUGGAUUGCUGGACAAACAUUGACAGGGACCUUUAAUUGGAAACUUGGGGCGAGUGCGCGUCAGUUUGAUGUUGUUGCUGCACGGCUUGAGCAAAAAAUCUCCGAGGCUAUGAAGCCAUCUAUUGCGACUCGUAUAGUACGGGCUUUCAUACAGAAUAACAACAAAGCGGACUGCUCUGUAUUCCCUGGCACAUUCUUAUAUUCAUUUGAAAAAGCCGAUCUAUGGCUAUCCCUGACAUUCCUCCCUUCGUCAGAGACAAGUACCCGAGUCCGAUACGACCUAUUUGCUCCAGCCUCGAAGGCCGGCAUGGAUGAAAACAGCCUCGCCAAUGCUGCUGGGGAGGUCAUUCAAAAUGCCAUCAAUGCCAUUGAAGCUCAAUAUCAAUCUACUAUCGAGGAGCCAGUUGAGAACUCAACAACCACUCACGAGAUCCUAAAACAACUCCAAGAGCACCAGAAGCUGGAGAGGGUCAGCGGUGGUCUGGUUCGCCCGGCGAUGCGCCAGCCAAAGGGCAGUGCACUUUUCCAGCAGGCCGAGCAGCUGUGUAAGGAGCUGGACUGCUCCGGUCCUGGGUCACAGGCUGGCUCUGGAAGCUCGUCAAGCCGGCUGGACUGGUGA